UUCCGUGCUACACUAUUUUACAGUUGACUUGACGUGUCUCCGUUUUUGGCUUUGACGUAUGAAUCAUCCUUACCAAGAUGGCGAUACACCUGUUUCUCCGGUGGUGAUCCUUGUUGUUGUCUGCGCAACGUAAGAAAACAGCAGCAGGAACGGACUUUUAAUAAACUGGAGACGUGGUUAAACAGCUGGAGAGAACUCCGUCAUCCAAAAUGUCCACAGAGGAGCUGUCAGCCUCGGACAGCGAGGCUGCCUUCGCCGGCGCAGGGGUGCGAUGGGCACCGGUAGGCGCUGUGGCCAGUCCCGAGGAUGAGAGCGGGAGCGCUGGCCAGCCGAAGCAGAGAGGCUCGUCCUCGGCCACUGAUGAGGAAAUGGCCGCCAGGCUGGAGAAGCUGGAAGAGGAGCAGGACUUGCUGAACUCCUCUCUCCUUGCCCUCACCUCACACUUUGCCCAGGUUCAGUUCCGACUGAAGCAGAUAGUUCACGCCCAGACCGAGGAGAAGGAGAGGAUGCUGGCCGAGCUGGAGGAGUUCGCCUUCAGGGGCUGCCCGCAUGUAGUGGGCUGCCGAGCUCAAGAUGCCAAACAGCUGGAGAACUCGGGGGAUCUGAGUGAGAGGGAGAAGAGGGAGCGCCUGGAGGCUCAGAGGGAAAAACAGAAGGAUCUCAUUUUCCAACUGAAGACACAGCUGGAUGAUCUGGAGCGCUACGCCUAUCAGGAGGGCAGCUACGACUCGCUGCCGCAGUCUGUCGUCAUGGAGAGACAGAAGGUCAUCAUUGACGAGUUGAUCAAAAAGCUGGAUGUGAACCUGAACGAGGACAUCGGGAACAUGUCGCCCGAGGAGCUAAGACAGAGAGUGGACGCUGCCAUCGCUCAGAUAGUGAACCCAGCCAGGGUCAAAGAGCAGCUGGUGGAUCAGCUCAAAACCCAGAUCAGAGACCUGGAGAUGUUCAUCAACUUCAUCCAGGAUGAGGUGGGGAACCCUCUCUUACCAGAUGGACACAGCCAGCAGCCACGAGCAGCAGGGGCCAAUGCCAGAACUCCAGGAGUGAAGAAGAAAGUAGACUCGGAGCAGGCCCACAGGAUGCGAGAGACCGGCCUGCAGCUGAUCCAGAAGGCCCUCGCUGUGCUGCAGAUCUUCGCUGCCAGCCAGUUUGGCUGCGGGCCGGGCCACCUUCCUCAGAACACGUGGCCUCAGGAGUCGAUGCAGCAGGACUACGGGCCCCUGCUGCAGCGUCUGGAGGCAGCUGUGGACAAGGUGCGAGUGCUGGGCUCGUGCAGACAGCCAUCCCUCGAACACGUCGUCAACUACACCAGCAACUCGGCGCUGGGACCUCGAGACGAGCUGACGUCGUCGGUGAGGAAGGAGCUGGCGGUCGCUCUGAAAGACUUGUUGGCUCACGGCCUCUUCUCCCCCUCCCAGACCAUGAGCCUGGUGCUGGCCCCCAUUUCCUGCCUGCUGCCUUACAGACCAGCCCCACAGAACAUGCACCCAUGGGAACUCUUUGUUAAGUUCUACCACUCCAAAAACGGGAAAGCAUUUGUGGAGACACCGGCCCGCCAGCUUUCACAGUCCUUCAGCCUGCCUGUAGGGGGCGGCUCGGUGACCGUCACCCCAAAACAGUCUCUGCUGUGGGCCAUCCACAACGUGCUGAAGGAGCACGGGCGCUACAAACGAGGGCCAGACACCGAGUUCAAAGCGCUGGUGUGCAUGGCUCUGAACGAGCAGCGGCUGGUGUCGUGGCUCAACCUGCUGUGCAAGUCUGGUACUCUGAUACACCCGCACUACCAGUGCUGGAGCUACAUGGCCCAGACCGGCUUCGAAGGAGCCCUGCGAAUCCUGGGCCGCAUCAGCCACCUCAAAUUCAACCUCCCGGUGGACCUGGCUGUUCGGCAGCUGAAGAACAUUAAGGAUGCUUUCUGAGGAGGCAACACAUCCCAUAAAAAAGUAACGAAAACAUCAGUCUCUGAUAUCAAGUAUUUUUAUCAGCUAAACUACACUGCUCUUACCUGGCGUUCAGGACCAAAAGCAUGACUUUGUGCUUCAAGUAUGUAACCUUUUUUAAAGGUUUUUUAAGUAGCCACCCAUCUUAAGUAAAGUGCAAGUAUGUGAUGUCUAAAGUACAUGCAUGGAUGAUUGUGUUGUGUGUCAGCCACGAGCAACCAUAAUCUGCAUAUCCCACUAUGUUUAAGAUGCCAAAAUGUCAAAGAUGACAAUGCUACGCGUACUGUAAACAUGCCUUAGAAUGGAGAUUGUUGUUGUGUUUAGAGAAGCCUUCCUGACCUGUGCUCAUCAUACCGGAUCAUUCCCCCGUGUACAUGAUAUCAUCCUAACCCGUGCAACAAAGAGAGAGGUUGGACGCGUACAGUAUUCAAUACUGUAAUGUGCUCACUGCUGAGACAAUCCAGGAAGAAGAAAAAAAUGAGCAGAAAGGCUUCUACACAGUAAGUAAGAGCUCGUGAUGUAUUGGUCCAUUGUUCACAGUGAAAAAGUACCGGGACUAAAUCAUGUGUAGCAGAUUGCUUGAUCAGGUCAACUUAAAAUGUCUUACACCUCUUACAGUUUCCAUCAUAAUGCACUCUUCAAAUGUAAAGUUUUGUGUAACAUUGUCCACAUGUGCGCAGCUAUCAAUGACUCCAACGUCUGAAGCUGUUCUCACUUAAGCACGUUGUGUUUCGGGUGUGUUAGACCCUGUAUGAACUGCUGCUUUUCUCCUAUUUCAGGUGACGUUUAAAUGACCGUAUGAUAAGAAUGAUGUAAUAUCCCGUAUGUAACAUGAUUGUAGGAUGUAAGAGGUUUAGUUUUGUUUUCUGUUUUUUCAGCAAAAGUAGUUUUUAUCUUCCUGAGACAGCUGAGUUGCACGAAUCAUAUCCUUAAAUUCUGAAUGUACAAACCAUAGAUGCUAUUAAACUGA